AACCAUUAGUUAUUGACUUGUUCACUUGCACAUCGUUUUGCUCACUUUCCCUUUUAACCAUAUUCCUUUGUUGUCAUCACCUUCGACAUUGAACCUUCACAUUGGGACCUUAAGUAAACACCAACCCCUGAAAGCCGACGAAUUCGAAAACAAUUGAUUACGUCAUCCACCUCUCCAGGCCUCACACAUUAAGAAACCACCAAACCAUGUCCACCCAAAACUUCAAAACCCACCCUCCCUCCGUCCCCAACACCCUCCUCUCCUUCCCAGCCCCGCACGUCCUGCUCGUCACGCUCAACCGCCCCGCCCAGCUCAACGCCAUCCCGACGUCCCAGCACAAGCGGCUCGCCGCGCUCUGGGACUGGUUCGACGCCGAGCCGGCGCUGCGGUGCGCGGUUAUCACGGGUGCCGGCCGCGCAUUUUGCGCGGGCGCUGAUCUGAAGGAGUGGAAUGAGCUGCAUAGCAAGUUCCAGCAGAGACAGAAAGCUGGAGCUGGAGGAGGGUUGGUGGAUGGGGUGGAGCAUGGGGGGCAGUAUGGGACUGUGGGGAAGAGGGGGGAGGCGUUGAGGGAUGCUGCUGCUGCUGCCCGGGCUGGGGGAAAGAAGGGGGGUGUUGCGGGGGCAGGAGGGAGUGAUGGGUUGAUUACUACUGGUGUUGGGGGUGGGUACGGGACUGUUGGAAACAGGAAGGAAGCGCUCCGGAACUCGGAGGGAGUGAAAGCCGGUCAAGCGCCGGAUGCGCCCGCGGAGAGGAUUGCCAAGGAGGGUCGGGCUAGGGAUGGUGGCAAGAUGAAGGACGAGGAUAAGCUGACGAUGGGUAUCGGAGGAGGUUACGGAACUGUGGAUAACAGGCAGAAGGCGAUCGAGAGCGCCGCCCAUCUAACCGAGGAGGCUCGAAAGGGAGACCUCAACGACGUGGACGACGCCAGAAUCACCACCGGCAUCGGCGGUGGCUACGGCACCGUUGCCUCCCGAAAGGCGGCCGCCGCCGCACGGGUUGCGAAUUCGGAGUCUUCCCGCGUCGGCAGCCUCGGCCUCAACGCCGGCUUUGGCGGGCUCUCCAACCGCUCGGGCAAGAAACCCAUCAUUGCUGCUGUCAACGGCCUCUGCCUGGGCGGCGGCAUGGAGAUGGUCAUCAACUGUGACAUGGUCAUCGCCUCCUCGAACGCGAGGUUCGGUCUGCCCGAGGUCAAAGUGGGUGUUAUUGCCGUUGCCGGGGCACUGCCUCGUCUCGUGCGCACGGUGGGGAAGCAGAGGGCUGCUGAGAUGGCGCUGUUGGGGAGGAACAGGUACUCGGCGGAGCAGAUGGAGAGAUGGGGGGUGGUUAACUUUAUCGUCAACGGCGAGCAGGCGCUCGUUGAGGAGGCGGUGAAGUUGGCGGAGGAGAUUUCGAGUAACUCACCUGAUGCGGUACUGACGAGUAAGGAGGGGCUGAGACUGGGUUGGGAGGGGAUGGGGCCGGAGAAGGCGACGGCGGUGUUGGAGGGGGGCACGUAUAAGAAGUUGGAGAAAGGGGAGAAUAUGAGAGAGGGCGUGGCGAGCUUUGUGGAGAAGAGGAAGCCUGUUUGGAAGGAUAGUAAGCUAUAGUUGCGUUUGAUUGUGUUCGCGAUGGCAUAGGCAAUUCUACCACGGAGUCAAAAUGGAGGCAAUAUCUGGUAGUUGGAUUACGACAUGAGGGAGGAUGGCAUUCUUUGCCCCUAUCCUUCACUCAAAAAUGAUACUAUUAAGUCAACCGCUAAAUAUUCCCGAUUUAUGUCUCCCAAUACCGUGAACGACUGUUCCUUGUCCCUGGAUAUACACAGUACCGAGUCCCGGCGUCGUGGAAAGAUUCCACCUCCACAUCCUCCACUUCCCCGGAUCAUCGCCAAUCUUACUCCGCACGGAAACCGAUGGUGAGAAGCCCGCUGUGGGGUAAGCUUGGGGCUAGCAUUAGCGGAAUGCGGGGAAGUAUUUGUUAGGGCAUUUUAGGGCCUUUGGCCUGG